AUGCCUGAAUUGUUUCUCCAAGGCGCCUGCCGUUCAGCAGUCUGGAUCUUUGGCAAGGGGCAGAGAGAUGUCGAAGCCAUGCCAUUGGGGUCUGGGUUGUGCAUAAUCCUUCGGCAAGAGCACGGCCACCCCUGCAUGCGUGCCCUUCUUGUUCUUUCUCGGGCCUUGCCGUUCGGCAAGGCUAGUGUAGCGGUUGUUGUGGUUCUUUGUGCGAAUGGGUUGAGGCACCAGUCAAUCCGAGCUGGGCCAUUUUGGAAGGAGACUUCAGCGUCGAUAAGAACAGACACAAAAUCUAUAAAUUCACUAAACAAGUAA